AUGUUCCGGCGAAAAUAUCGGGGACAGUUCUGUGGUCCAAAAAGCUUAGCACCAUUUGUGGCUUCGAUCGUUUGCACACGAGCUUCAGGUGGCGGCUAUGGUGCAAGUCAGCCUCAACGCGUGAAGCUGCGCUUGCGGGCACCUGCUGGUGUCGAGGAUGCUCCGGAGGCUAAGCAACCAUCUUCAACAGUUGUGCUGUACAGCAUGUCGAACCCAGUAAUACCCAGUAUUCAUCCGCUUUGUCUUGGCACUUCGUGUCUCAUGCGAAGUGCUUGCUCUUUGUGCCGAUGCGUGUUCUGGGGCAGCCGGAGAUCUGAGCAACAAGUGGAAUGCAGUUGCUGA